CUGAGGAGACUCUGCUUUCAGGCUUUCAGGGCUCCGUUAGCAGCAGGGUCUCCGCCUGGUUUCCAUGGUGACGGGUUUGGGGGGUAGCCGGAGGAUCUACACCUCGUAACCCGGGAGACGGAUCAUCAGCUAACAGCCGACAGAGGAACAUUAUCUCCAUGGCUAAAGUAGUACCGUUAGCCCCGCCCCCUAACUCUAGGAUAGCUCCGCCCACCAUUGCUCUACAGGAAAUGGGGGAGGAGCCAAGUGGAGAAGAAUGUGAAGGCAGGAACCUUCAGAGAGUCGGACCUGGAGUUUUGUUCAACGUGAACAACAACAACAACAACGAGGAGGAGGACAAGCAGGAAAAGAAGAGGAAAAAGAAAGAAAAGAAAGAGAGAAAAGAGAAGAAGGAGAAAGAGAAGCAGGAGAAGAAGGAGAGGAAGGAGCAGAAGCAGAAGGAGAAAGAGGAGAAGCAGAAGGAGAAGGAAGAGAAGGAGAAGGAGAAGGAGAAGCAGAAACAGAAGGAGGAGAAAGAGAGGAAGGCCGCGGAGGAGAAGGCCCGGGAGAUCAGGGUGAUCGAUCCGGCGGGAAACACCUACUACUAUUGGCUGUUCAUCAUCACUAUCCCAGUCAUGUACAACUGGACCCUCAUCAUCGCCAGGGCCUGCUUCGAGGAGCUGCAGACCGACUACCUGCACAUGUGGUUCGGCCUGGACUUGCUCUCCGACUUCACCUACAUCUGUGACAUGAUCUUCAGAACCAGGACCGGCUACCUGGAGCAGGGUUUGCUGGUGAAGGACAGGGUGAAGCUACAGGACCGCUACAUGGCGAGCUUCCAGUUCAAGCUGGACAUGAUCUCCAUGAUCCCCACUGAUUUAUUCUACUUAAUCGUUGGAAUCAAGUACCCUGAGAUCCGCCUCAACAAGCUCUUCAGGUUCAACAGGAUGAUGGAGUUCUUCCAGCGGACAGAGACCAGGACCAACUACCCCAACGCUCUCCGCAUCUCCAACCUGGUCAUGUACAUCCUCAUCAUCAUCCACUGGAACGCCUGCCUGUACUACUCCUUCUCCAAGGCCAUCGGUUUCGGUGCCGACAGGUUCGUGUAUCCCGACCCGAAGGACCCGGAGUUCGGCCGUCUGAUCAGGAAGUACGCUUACAGCAUGUACUGGUCCACGCUGACGCUCACCACCAUCGGAGAGACGCCUCCGCCGGUGGAGAACUCCGAGUACAUCUUCGUGGUGACCGACUUCCUGGUGGGCGUGCUGAUCUUUGCCACCAUCGUCGGUAACGUGGGCUCCAUGAUCACCAACAUGAACGCAGCCAGAGCCGAUUUCCAGGCCCGCAUCGACGCCAUCAAGCAGUACAUGAGCUUCCGAAAGGUAACAAAGGACUUGGAGAAGCGAGUCAUCAAGUGGUUUGACUUCCUGUGGACCAAUAAGAAGGCGGUGGACGAGCGGGAGGUGCUGAAGUAUCUGCCGGACAAGCUGAGGGCCGAGAUCGCCAUCAACGUGCACCUGGACACCCUGAAGAAGGUCCGGAUCUUUGCCGAUUGCGAGGCCGGCCUGCUGGUGGAGCUGGUGCUGAAGCUGCAGCCGCAGGUCUACAGUCCCGGUGACUACAUCUGCAAGAAGGGCGACAUCGGCAGGGAGAUGUACAUCAUCAAGGAGGGGAAGCUGGCCGUGGUCGCAGACGACGGGGUCACGCAGUUCGUGGUUCUCAGCGACGGCAGCUACUUCGGAGAGAUCAGCAUCCUGGCCAUCAAAGGAAGUAAGGCGGGGAACCGGAGGACGGCCAACAUCCGGAGCAUCGGAUACUCCGACCUCUUCUGCCUGUCCAAGGACGACCUGAUGGAGGCGCUGACGGAGUAUCCGGAUGCCAAGGCCCUGCUGGAGGAGAAGGGGAGGCAGAUCCUGAUGAAGGACGGGCUGCUGGACCUGGAGGUGGCGGCACAGGGCCCGGACCCCAAGGAGGUAGAGGAGAAGGUGGACCGCAUGGCCCUGAUGCUGGACACCAUGCAGACCCGCUACGCCCGGCUGCUAGCAGAGCACGAGGCUACGCACAGCAAGGUCAAGUACCGGGUCACACGGCUGGAGAGGAGGCUAGCGCCGCCGCCGCCGCCGACCUCCGAGACCGGCUAGGAGGACCCGAGACUGCCUAGGACAGGGGUUGGCAACCCAAAAUGUUGAAAGAGCCAUAUUGGACCAAAAACACAAAAAACAAAUAUGUCUGGAGCUGCAAAAGAUGAAAAGUCUUGUAUAAGCCUUAGAAUGAAGGCAACACAUGCUGCAUGUAUCUAUAUUAGUUAUAACUGGGUACUUGGCUGCAAAUGUAGCAUGCUAAUGUCUUUCCACAUGACUCUUUUUGUUAUCGGACAACUUCUCGCUACAGAGCAAACAUUCAGGCAAUGAAUGCAAAUGAUUCGCUCCAAGAAACAUUAAAUCCUCUUUUCGCCUCAGUUAUUUUUCUCUUUUUCCCUCUGGAAAUAAUCCCUUUGGCCAGUUUGUUUCCAACAGCCACCUGCUUGGGGCCACCCUGCUGGUAGAAACGCACAAUUUAAAUGACAUAUUUUGGUCAACUAACAUGACUAAGCAUAAAUUACAUAGAAACACCAGCAAAAAUAUUUAAAAAAUGAAAUAAAAAAGGAUUUCAUCCAAAUUUAAAGUAAUUAAACCUUCAUAUUGUUCAGUUUUUAUACGUUUUAAGGAUUUAAAGAAAUUACACCUUCAUAUUGUUUAGUUUUUAUAUAUUUUAAGGAUUAGUUUUUUUUUUAAAUGAUUUAAUUUUUGUUUUUUAAUUGUAGUUUUCAAUUUGUUAAUACGUGGAUUAUUCAAGUUUAAUCCACUUUUCUUCUUCUUUCUUCAGAAUUUGACAUAUUUGGGUCAACGUGUAACAAACAUGACUCAGCACAUAUUACAUAGAAACACCAGCAACAAUAUUAAAACAAAAAAUGUAAAUAAAAAAGGAUUUAAUCCGGAUUUAAAGUAAUUAAACGUUCAUAUUGUUUAGUUUUUACCUAUUUUAAAGAUUUGAUUUUUUUUGUUUUUUGAAUCCUCUUUUCUCCUCAGUUAUUUUUCUCUUUUUCCCUUUGGAAACAAUCCCUUUGGCCGGUUUGUUCCUAACAGCCACCUUCCCGGCUCCCCCUGCUGGUAGAAACGUGUGGCUCUGAUGCAAACGUUUGUUAACAUAAAUGUUGAAAAAAGAUUUUUACAGCAUUUGAACAUGUUCAGAAUGUUUGUGCCAUGUUUGUCCUCCUACAGAAACCACAUUAAAACAAAAAAUAUAUCCCCCCCCCCCAUCUAUUUCCAUUUUCCAACAUUUUUGAAAAAGCUCCAGGGAGCCACUAUGGCGGCGCUAAUGAGCCGCAUGCGGCUCUAGUAGGGGUUGGGGACCCCCGAACUAGACAGACCCGUUCAGCACUGGACUCUCCCCCAGGAUGGAUGUGGUUCUGCACACACUUGGUACCGGGCCCAGCUUCCUCUCCAGAUGUGCAGCUGAGACCUGGUACCAGCCCAGACUCUCCCUCGGCCCGGGGGACCCGGCACCGACCAGGGGGACCCGGUCCCGCCUGGCUGGUCCCUUGGCCCGGAGGACCCGGUACCGACCAGGGGGACCCUGUACCGGCCCGGCUGGUACAUUAACAGAACCGUUAGCUAAACUUCAAGCAUGUCUUAGGGACAUCAAGGACUGGAUGUCUGGAAACUUUUUGCUUCUAAAUUCAGAUAAAACGGAGUUAUCAUUCUUGGUCCAGAGCAUCUUAGGAAGGGAUUAGAUGGCGUUGCGAUGGCUUCCAGUGCAUCUGUGAGAAACCAUGGUGUUGUUUUCGAUCAGGAUUUGUCGUUUAAACCAUAUAGAACAAGACUAUAAUAGUUAGUCUCAAACAUAGCUUCGUGGUAGAUAUGCUGCUAUAGGCCUAUGCUGCAGGGGGGGACCGACAUGAUCCACUGGGCUGUGCCUCUCACCCUUCUUCUCUUCUCCUCCUCCCUUCCUCUCUUUUCCUUUUCCAUUUGUAUUAAUUAUAAGUAUCUCAUAGCCAUAAUUUUUGUCCAUCAUUCCCGUAGUUUCUUGUGCUGGCCCCUUUUUUUCUCUUUUUUGCAUGUUUUCAGGCUGGAGCUUCAGGAGCUGCUUGCCUGCGGCCCCCCACCCCCCAUCCCCCCCUCUGGUCAUACCGCUGCUGCUUCCACCUGCCUGUGUGGAUGUCUGCUGUGUGGAUGUCUGCUGUGUGCUUGCUGACGUCCCCGACCACCCCAGUCUGGCCUUCAGCAGGAGGGUCACCCCUUAUGAUCCAGGUCCUGGUCCAGGUUUCUUCCCCCCUUAUGAUCCAGGUCCUGGUUCAGGUUUCUUCCCCCCUUAUAAUCCAGGUUUCUUCCCCCCUUAGGAUCCAGGUCCUGGUCCAGGUUUCUUCCCUCCUAAAGGGGAGUUUUUCUUGCCACAGCUUUAGGCUUUUCUCUCACUAGGGGACUUUUUACCUGUCAUUGUUUAUGUAAUAAUUGCUCGGGGGUCGUGUUAAUGUUCUGUUCUCUGGAAAGAUCCUAGAGACAACUUUUGUUGUAUUAGAC